GAGGUUAGCAGAAGUGGGUGAGGCAUCGUGAGGAGGAGGGAGGGGGCCGGCCUGUCCUGCUGCCCCCCCCCUCGAGGGAGCCCCUCCCUGCGUUCCUGCCCAGCCUGCAGGGAAACUGCAGCUCAUUUGGACCUGAGAGAGUCAGAGAGCAGCUGCUCGUCAUCCUCUCCUUACCGCCGUCGUCGUCUCCUCCCUUAAUCUCAGGUGUUCAACAUGUCGUCCGCCCCCCCCAAGAGCUCCGGGACCUGCAAGAACGUGGCGCUGGCCCUGCUGGCGCUGUGGUCCAUCAUCGCGCUGGUCCUGAUUGUGGUCUGGGCCACCUCCCCGGACAUGAAGGGUGCGGCCCAGUGCCGCGCCGAGCUGAAGGAGGCCAGCCGGCAGCGGGAGGUCGACCAGGUCAAGUUCAACAAGGACAAGGUGGCGCUGGAGGAGCUGGUCCAGGGGGCCCGGGACGAGCGGGACCAGGUGAAGGAGGAGAUGCUGAGGCUGCUGGGACGCCUCAACGCCACCAACGUCUCGCUGGAGGAGUGUGGGCAGGAAAACGCCGGCCUGAGGGUGAACAUCAGCGUCCUGCUGGAGGACGUGGAGCAGCACCGGCAGACGGAGGCCAACCUCACGGCACGGCUCGGCCUGCAGGAAGAGCACAUGGAGGUCCUGCAGCAGAACCUGACCCAGGCGGGCCAUCACAUGGCGUCCUGCGCCAGCCUGAGGGCGGCGGCCGAGAGCCACCAGAAGGCGGCUCAGAGUCAGACCAAGGCCUGCGAGUCCAGGGAGCAGCACCUACAGAAGCAGCUUCAGAAGUGCCAAAGUACUCAAUCCGAAGCGGCUGAGUCGGUGUGUGGAGUGUGUGUAGCCCCCACCGACGCAGCUCCCACCGCCGCUGUUCCUGCACUGAUGCUGCUCGUCUGCGGCGCUCUGCACCUGAUAACCUGAGUCCGGCGCCGAGGACGGUGGAACCGACGGGCGAGCCGAGGUCCGGGAGGGGGCGGAGCCUGGACCCGCCCGGUGAUGACUGCUGUACAAACCGACCAAAAAAGAAACAGGUCGCCACGGGGACGCUGUCGUACGACGAACACUUGGACACACGACUUUGCUUUUUCUUGACUCCACAGCCGAGACGUUCAGAGACCAUCGGACAUCUGAGAACUUCACCGCUGCUUGUUUCCGGAGCGGCUUCCUCACACGCCGACCGCCGCUAGGCGGCUCGGCCUCUUUAGCUGUCGGCUUUCACUGGACCCCGUUACGCAGGCGUGUGAGUGUGUCUGUGUGUGAGUGUGUGUGUGUCUGUCUGUGUAUGUGUGUGUGUGUGUGUGUGUGUGUGUUUGCGCUUCUUUUGGGCUUUUUGUUUUUAACGCAGCAAAACUCACCGCUUGAAGCUUUUAGCGCCGACUCGACUCCUGGGGGGCUUUUAUCAAAGAUGCUGGUUUGGGGGGGUUGUGUGCAUAGACAUAUAUACGUAGACGCCUCAUGACAUGCUGGAACGUAAUCCAGCGUGGCCGCCAUAUUGGAUGGGUCUCCUCACUCCAGGCUAAAUUAACUACACUGGAGUUACAGAGUUACAGUUACAGCCAGCACACGCAAGAAGCUGCAAAACAGUUCUUUUUCAAGGGUAUAAGACCCUGGAAUGACCUGGAUUUAUUUUUAUAGAUAUAUUUAUUGAGGGCAAUAAGAGGAAAAAAAAGAUUUACAAUAACAAUAGAAAUAUCAAUAUUUUGCCCUUUUUUAAACUUUUCAAAACAAUAAUUAAAUAAAAAUAUAUAUUAAUGUUAAUAAGAAAGAAAGAAAAAAUAAAUAAAUAAAUAAAUAUAAAUAAAUAAAUACAACAACACACCCAUCUCCCCUUCAAAUAAAUUCAAAUGAACAAUCAAACUUGUUUCUUUAUUAAAAUAUAAAAUUAAUUAAUUCAUACAUUUAUCAAUAUGCCAUACCAUAUGUCUUUGUUAAAUAAAAUCAAAUCAAAUCAAAUCAAACUUUAUUUAUAUAGCACUUCUCAUACACAUAAUGCAACACAAAGUGCUUAACAUAAAACAAAUAAACAUAAAACUUAUUAAUGCCCCCCCUCCCCGCAGACACAAGCACACUACAAUUCACCUAGGUUAUACACACAGACACACAAGCAGACACACGGUGCAGACAUGGCUGAGCACAGAGGAUCCAGGUGAGGAAACGGUAACAGGGAGCCGUCCAGGCCAGGAGGUCUCAUAGCCCGCAGCUACAAGGGGGGGCUCACAGAGACCAUCCCAGCCCGGACGGAUAGAGGAGUCCACACCACAGCGGUGAAGCCGUGGUGCAGAGCUCCACAACCAUCCAGGCCAGAACCACCCCCAGGACGACCCCCUGCAGGCCAGAGUCACUCCCAGCAUGGAGGCUCCCCAUGAGGAAACACUGGAGCUAAAAGCUGCAAGAAAGCAGGAUAAAAUACACUAAAAGAGUUUUAAAAAAAAAAGUAUAACAUAACAUAAAAUCCUAAAAGUAUGUCUAGAAAGCAAGACAUUAAAAACUAAAAGAAUAAGACAGUAGAAUGUAUAAAAUAGACCAUAAAUAACGACUAAAAUAUUUAGAUAAAACAUGAGAUUAAACAAAAAUAAAAUAUGAUAAAAAAGGAUAAACUAAGUAUAAAACAGAGCAGUAAGAUCCAAUAAAAAUAAGGGUGAGCAUAAGAAAUUUAAAAGAGUUAAAUGAGUCAGUUAAAAGCAUGAUUAAAGAGAUGGGUCUUGAGCCUCUUUUUAAAAACAUCAACAGUCUCUGCGGCCCUGAGGUUCUCCGGGAGGCUGUUCCACAAUCGGGGACCAUAAAAACUGAAUGUCGCCUCCCCGUGUGUCCUAGUUAUAACUUUUGGUAUGGUUAAAAGGCCAGCACCGGAGGACCUCAGGGUCCGGUCCGUAAAGAGCAUAAUACAAAGUCUUUCAGCAUAAAAGUAUGUAUUUUAAUGUGUGACAGCGUCCUGUAUCAUAACUAAAUCUGUGCUGUUUGUAACAAACCAAACAGUGUGAAAAUCGGGUAAAAAUUCGGGGAGUUAUGGAUGAUUGUAGUCGGGGAUAAAACCUUCCUCAGUAGAAAUAAAUGCAUUGGGGGCGAAUUGGAGACCCAUCCAAGAUGGCGGCCGUGCUGAACGUCAGCUCCAAUAGGCAGCGUCAGUCUAUGAGGCGUCUGCGUUUAUAUGUCUAUGGUUGUGUGUGUGUUUGUGUGGGGGGGCUCAUAUUCUGGUUUAGA